CUGAGUGCCACUACAGUGACCACAGUAGUUCUAGUAUAUGAGAUAGCCGACUACGUUGUGACCAUCAGCCCUUCUAUAUUCCAGCUAGCUUCCAGAAGGAAGAUAUGGCAAUGAUAUCAUCGGCCAGACGUUGAACUCUCACUUCGAGCCCUACUCGGUCAGGCCAGCCCGAAAUGUGUUCACUGGAAUUUCGGUCAACUCGGACCGAAGCAACCGCCAGCCAAUCACGACUCGCCAUUCACGGCCUCCAGCAACUUGAGCUUCUGUUUUUUUGGCAUUGACGUCCUCGAAAGAUCUGUGACAUUGCGAUGACCUUUUGACAAGAAAUCUGCAUGUGCCCGAAGCUUACAAAUUGAAAGGUCCCCUUUUCCUUUUCUUGAUGAGCAAUCGGAAACCAGUGCAAUCACAUAAAGCUUGCGACUUGAUUCACUUUCAAGCAUGAGUUGGUCGACCAUAUCACCAGCACUCUAAAAACACGACUUGACGCUGCGAAGAUGGCUGCCGACGAAGCUCCCAACGGCAUCACCAAUGGCCGAGACCACGGCGAUGAAAAGAUCUCCGAGUCCUCGACCAGAACUCCAGACAACGUACGCGAUGUAGAGAAGCCAGAUGGAGACACGAAAGGGGUCAAGACGCCCGAUGAAGAGCCUAAGAGGACCGUCACAGGUCUCAAGUGGUUCAUUAUCUACACGGCCCUCAUGUCUACCGUUCUGCUGUUUGCACUGGACAAUACCAUUGUCGCAACCAUCCAGCCCGACAUUGUUGAGACCUUUGAUGAUCAGCAAAGUCUAGCAUGGAUCGGAGUCAGUUUCAUUCUUGGCCAGGUCGUCAUUCUGCCUGUUGGGAAGGCCUAUGGCAUGUUCAGCAUGAAGUUUCUCUUCAUCAUCAGUCUCAUCCUGUUCGAGGGCGGUAGCGCCAUCUGUGGUGCUGCACCGAACAUGGUUGCCAUCAUCGUCGGUCGCGCCAUCGCUGGUGUUGGCGGCGCAGGUGUCUACGUUGGAGGACUGACCUACAUCAGUGUCUUGACCACUCCGCACGAGCGUCCGCUUUACCUUGCCAUUCUUAUGUCCGUAUGGGGAUUUGGCAACGUUCUAGGACCUAUCAUCGGUGGCUCGUUUGCCGUCAGCUCCGCUACUUGGCGGUGGGGAUUCUACAUUAAUCUUCCCAUUGCUGCCGUUUUCGCACCCGCUUUCAUCUUUUUGAUUCCCAAUAUCAAUGCCAUGCCGGACACGCCGUUUUUGAAGAAACUCCGUAUGCAGGAUUGGGUUGGCAUUGUCGUCUUCACCGCGCUCAUGGCCUGUUUCUGUAUGGCUGGCAGUUUUGGUGGCGCCCUUUACGCUUGGAACAGCGGCUCCGAGAUCGCGCUCUGGGUCGUGACCUUCGUCCUCUUCAUCGUCUUUAUCCUUGUCACGAUAUAUCAUCCACUAGUGCCCGCCGAAUCGAGGCUCAUGCCAGUGCAGUUUAUGGUCACCAAGGAUCUCAUCAUUAUUCCUCUACAAGCCUUCCUGGUGGCGGGUAGUAUGAUGAUGAGCAUUUACUACACUCCUCUGGUGUUCCAGUUUACCAGGGGAGACACCCCUUUGAUGGCUGGUGUGCGCAUUUUGCCUUUGAUUUGUAUGAUAGUCUUCGGCUGUCUGUUCAACGGCUUUGCCAUGCCAAAAUUUGGCUAUUACCUGCCUUGGUAUAUCGUCGGUAACGCUCUGCUGGUGGCUGGCGCUGCGCUGAUGACGACGAUCGACUCAUCAAUCUCCAAUUCGGCUCUUUAUGGAUAUACGGUCAUCAUUGGGCUAGGAAUCGGCGCCUUCCAAAGCGCUGGAAUCGGCGUUGCCUCAGCGCUCGCCCCGGCGUCCGAGAUCAGCAAUGUUGUUUCGGUCAUGACCAUUGCACAAAUCAUUGGCAUUACCUUUGCCCUUGCUAUCCCAGGAUCAAUCUUCCAAAACAAAGCCUUGCAGUAUAUUGCUGCGGCCUUGCCCGAUGUUCCGAAAGAAAAUCUCGGCGAGCUGAUUACCGGAGCAAGUGGAAAGUUCUAUAAGAGUCUAAGCCCGGCUGAUCAACUAUUGGUCGUCGACCAAAUAACUGCAGCGAUUAGCGAGGCUUUCUACUAUCUUGUCGGCGCCACCGCUAUCGGCUUUAUUACCUCAUUUUUCCUGAGCCCAAAGAAGCUCUUCCUCUCGGGUGGCAGCGUCGCCUAGAGGUUGCAUCCGCAUCACUUGGAAUAUGGCCACUCCACUUCGGGCCUUUCCUCAGCAAUAAAUCUGGCCGCAAAAUGGGAAGGAUGCGGCAUGGCUGAAUGUAGUACAAUUUACAGCAAGAGCUGUGUCUCGCUAGAUUGUUCAACCAGCAGAAUCCAACUGGGCGCCAAAGACUUUUUCAUAGAAUAGCAUGAUCUUGGAUCGAGGCCAUCUCAGCUUGAUGUAUAUUAAUUUCGUUUACAAUCAAAAGUAUUAAUUUAGUUUCAUUUAUAUG